ACACACCUGAUCACGUGACGUAGGCAACAGGGAAACGCGGGGUCGGUCGAUCGGUUUACUGAGCAGAUAGAAAGUUUCAGAAGCUGCAGUGAACCGCGGAGCUCAGGAUGCUCCGUGUUUUGUUGCUGUUUUCCGCCUUUGAGGCGGCGCUGCUGCUGGACACCGGCCUCCUGUUUCCCAGGGAAUCCUCCUCCAGGGAGGUGAAGGAGCUGAACGGGCUGUGGGCUUUUCGCGCUGACAGAUCUCCCAACAGGAACCAGGGCUUCGAGAAGGCUUGGUACAAAAGUCGACUGGCAGAGACGGGCCCUGUGAUCGACAUGCCGGUUCCAGCCAGCUACAAUGACAUCACCCAAGACCCCACGCUGAGAGAUUUCAUUGGCUGGGCGUGGUACGAGCGAGAGGUGACGGUCCCUGCCCGCUGGGUCGCCGAUGAAAGCAUACGAGUGGUUCUCAGAGUAGGAAGCGCUCACUAUUACUCAGUAGUGUGGGUGAAUGGGGUGCAGGUGACCGAACACGAAGGCGGCCAUCUGCCUUUUGAGGCAGAAAUAGGCACCUUACUGCGUAAAGAGCCAACAACGCCCUGCAGGAUCACCAUCGCUGUGAACAACACUCUGACUCUGCACACUCUCCCUCCAGGCACCAUUCAGCACAUGAACGACCGGACGAGGUAUCCUGAGGGGUUCUUUGUUCAGAACACCAAUUUUGAUUUCUUCAACUAUGCUGGGAUUCACCGCCCUGUGCUGUUAUAUACCACUCCUAAAGCCUACGUGGAUGACAUCACCGUGGUUACAGACUUCUUGGAUAACACGGGGCUGGUUCGGUACCAUGUGUCGGUCCAGGGAGCAGCCUCACCUGCCCUGAAGGUGACUUUAAUGGACCAAGGAGGUCACUGUGUUGCUUCCUCCAGCGAGCCUUCUGGAGUGCUUAAAGUGGUGGAUGUCAACCUGUGGUGGCCGUACCUGAUGCACGUGAAUCCAGGAUAUCUGUACUCUUUGGAGGUUCGCCUGGUGGCUGCUGAUGAGAGAUCGACAUACGAGGAUGUUUACACUCUCCCGGUCGGCAUCCGCACAGUAAACAUCACCAACGCCCAGUUCCUCAUCAACAACAAGCCGUUUUAUUUCCAUGGAGUCAAUAAGCAUGAAGAUGCUGACAUUCGAGGUAAAGGUUUGGACUGGCCUUUAGUCGUCAAGGACUUUAACUUGAUCAAAUGGUUGGGAGCCAACUCGUUCCGCACCAGCCACUACCCCUACGCUGAGGAGAUCCUGCAGAUGUGUGACCGCCAUGGCAUCGUGCUGAUAGAUGAGAGCCCGGGGGUGGGCAUUAAAGACAUUCGCAGUUUCGGGAAUGCCUCUCUGGCCCACCACCUAGCCGUCAUGGAUGAGCUCGUACGGCGGGACAAGAACCAUCCAUCCGUGGUCAUGUGGUCCGUAGCCAAUGAGCCAGCUGCAGAGAUGCCCCCAGCUGAGUAUUAUUUCAAGACUUUGAUAGCGCACACCAGAGCGUUGGACCCCACCCGACCUGUAACCUACAUCACAGACAGUAACUACGCACGGGACAAAGGAGCUCCCUUUGUGGAUGUGAUCUGCGUCAACAGCUACUUCUCCUGGUACCACGAUCCAGGCCACAUGGAGGUCAUCUCUCUGCAGCUCAACACUCAGUUUGAGGACUGGUACGGAAAAUACAAGAAGCCCAUCAUCCAGAGCGAGUAUGGAGCGGAUGCGGUGGCGGGGGUUCAUAAUGAUCCACCUGUGAUGUUUACUGAGGAGUAUCAGAAAGUGGUUCUGCAGAGUUACCACAACGUGUUUGACCAGAAAAGGAAGAAAUAUUUAAUCGGGGAGCUCAUCUGGAACUUUGCUGACUUCAUGACCACACAAGGGAUCACGCGGAUGGUGGGAAAUAAGAAGGGUGUUUUCACCCGGCAAAGGCAACCCAAAGCGGCGGCGUUCAUCCUAAAGGAGAGAUACUGGAGGCUGGCAAACGAAACCGGCACCCUUCCACUGUGGACCAAGUACCCCUGCCCACUGUGACAGAUUAACACAGGUGUUUAGGGCCCAGGAUGCAUUGAAUCAUCGAAAGCGACUUUAGUGUUUACACUCAAAUAACGUCUAAUCAAAAU